UUGAACACCAUCGGCUAUGGAUCUUGGAUCAAGGGACGAUGCUUCUCUCUGGAAUGUGCUUCUUCGAGUUACAGGUCCUUGCUUCUUUGGGAGGUUACAGACACAGUGCCUGCUAUUUCAAUUGAAUUGAAACCAUACAUGAACAAAAGUAAUUUGAUGUUAGCAGUUGUGAAAAAAGUAGUUUCAAUGGGGGGUUGUGCCUCACAAUCAAAAAGGAAGGGCAAAACUCAUGGGAGAAACAGGCACAAACAUGCCAAUGUCCGAGGAAAAAUACCCGCUGGCGUUGCUGAUAUGUCCUUGAAAAGACUCAGCAAUGCUGGAAAUCAUGUUGGCGAUUUUUCUCUCGGUGAUUUUGUUCACUUGGACUUUGACAAGGGCCGGAGGUCUGAGGUUUCCAACAUGACAUUUCAUCUCACCCAACUACAAUAUCACGGUCAUAACCAAUCCGAUGGAAAUGGAUCGUGCCAAGAGGAAGCAUGGUUUGACUCAGUCAGCAUGAUUGAAUCUGAUUCAGAUGAUGACUUCAUCAGUGUGCAUGGAGAUUGCUUUCCUUUUGUGGGUAAUACUUUGGGGAGUACCCCUAAUACUCAGCUACUCCAAUAUGAAAGUGCAUCAUGCUUUGGAAACUCAGGCUGUAAUACAUAUGAAGGGUUCUAUGAAAGUUAUCUCAAAAUAGAUGGGGGCAACUAUAAGAAUGAAGAGAAGAUCCAAGAAAAGAACUCAAAGCAAUCAACAGUUAUCAUGGUUUCGGUCACAAGAAAAUCCGUUGAUGGGAAUGCAAAGACUGGAUCACGUGCAUCUGAGAGAUUACUUUACCAUCCCAGAGCAGGGUUUCGAAUUCAGUGUUCAGCUCUAGAGAAGCCAUUGCCUGGAUCCUGGUCCACAAUCUCGCCCUCAGUAUUUAGGCUCCGGGGGAAGAAUUUUUUUAGUGAUAAGCAAAAGUGUCCAGCUCCAACUUGUAGCGCUUAUAUACCAAUAGGUGUGGAUUUGUUUGUUUGCCCAAAGAAGAUCAAUCACAUUGCUCAGCAUCUUGAACUUCCAUCUAUCAAAGGGCAUGAGAAAGUUCCGUCACUUCUUAUUGUUAAUAUACAGUUGCCAACAUACCCUGCCUCUAUGUUCAGUGAUGGAGAUGGUGAAGGCAUGAGUCUUGUAUUAUAUUUCAAAGUAUCUGAUAAUUUCAGCAAAGAUAUCUCUUCUCACUUUCAGGAUAGUAUCAAGAGGCUAGUGGAUGGUGAGAUGGAGAAGGUGAAGGGGUUUACGAGAGAAACUGAGGUUUCCUAUAGGGAAAGACUGAAAAUUUUGGCUGAGGUGGUUAAUCCAGAGGACCUUCAAUUGAGCUCAACAGAGAAGAAGCUUAUAAAUGCCUACAAUGGCAAGCCAGUGCUUUCACGCCCUCAACACAUUUUCUUUAAGGGACCUAACUAUUUUGAAAUUGACCUGGACAUUCAUCGGUUUAGCUACAUAUCCAGGAAAGGGCUUGAUUCACUGCGAGAUCGUGUACAUAAUGGAAUACUUAAUGUGGGCUUAACUAUCCAGGCACAAAAGCUAGAGGAACUACCAGAACAAGUCUUGUGCUGCUUGCGGUUGAAUAAGAUCGACUUUGUUAACAGAGGUCAAAUUCCCACCAUUGUAACUUAAUUUGAAAUUUGAUUGGAACAACAGCCAGUUGAUGCAGAAAAAACCAAUGAAAAAUGCAUUGAGAGGAACACCCUCUGUGAAGAAUGGCUGCUCGGUUCAGUCAAAAAAAGAAUGGCUGCUCAAUCUGUGUGAUGACUCUGAUCACUUUGGGAAAGAGGUAGAAGAGAUGCAAAUUUGGGAGGGGAAAAAAGGUGACAAGAAGAAACAUAAUAAGCAUUCUGUGAAAUGCAAUAUUGAAUUUCUUUACUACAUUUCAAGGAGCAUUAAUUGAAAAGGGAUGAUUCUUUUUGGUUUUUUUAGUUACAGAAAGUGAACAUAAUGUAUUAUACAGAGUUUGAGAAAUGAGCCUCACUAUCCAACGCUUUUGAACAAUGUACCCUGCUGUGAACUUUAUACACACACACACACACACCACACACUUU